CCCAACCUUUGACACAAAACGACACCGUUACCUUGUCAAAUUACAAAGAAAAACAGAAAAACAUCGCCUUGUCUUCAUUUCUAAGCUCUUUCCCAGGACAGUUAUUCUCAUACAGCAGCCUCACCACUCCCGGGCCUUAACUAAUCCAAAAAAAUUAAAAUCCAACAAAAAGGUUGAAUCUUUAGUGCUCUUACUUUCCAAGAAACUAAAACAAACAAAAAAAAAAUGCAAGCUUGGUUCUCAGGGGCCAGUAGCGUGGGUGAGGGGCAGGGAAAAGAAGGGUCAUCUCUUUUAGCGGAUUGGAACUCAUAUGCAGCUUCAAGAGAUGCAGAAGAGGGCACUGCAUCUGGGUUUGGGUUUGAUCUUGAGACUGCUGUGAGGUCUGCCAAUGAUACUGUCACUGGCACCUUCAAUGUUGUUUCAAAAGGGGUGAGAGAUAUUCCUGGGAGUCUCCAAUCUGCCACAAGUAGUGUCCCUUCAGGAAAAGCACUUAUCUAUUUUGGUUUAUUUCUGGCGACUGGGGUCUUUUUUGUUUUCAUCGCUUUUACUAUAUUUCUUCCAGUCAUAGUGCUCAUGCCCCAGAAAUUUGCAAUCUGUUUUACCCUUGGAUGUGGCUUUAUCAUUGGAUCAUUCUUUGCUCUAAGAGGCCCAAAGAAUCAGUUUGCCCAUAUGUCAUCAAAAGAGAGGCUUCCUUUUACAUUGGGAUUUAUUGGAAGUAUGAUUGGUACCAUAUAUGUUUCCAUGGUGCUUCACAGCUACAUUCUGUCUGUGCUCUUUUCUGUUUUACAGGUUCUUGCACUUUCAUACUAUGCUAUUUCUUAUUUCCCUGGUGGAUCUGCUGGGCUGAAAUUUCUCACAUCUGCUCUUACCUCUUCAGUAACAAGAUGUUUUGGGAGUUGACAAGUGUCACUUUGCCAUUGUUUUUUCCUUGUAUACUUCUCAGCUAUAGUUAAGACAUUAAACGGUCUUGUAUGGCUUCCACGUUCUCAACAUUUUCUUUACUUUUAUUUUCAUCGAAAAAAAAAAACAGAGUGGGAAAAAAUUUGAAGGGUGUACCCUUUAUCUGCAUCAAAAUUUUCUGAAUGGCUGAACAACAAAAACUUGGAUCAAUUGACAGCAGUAAUUCUCACUAAUUUGGUUCUUUACCAUUUUGAUGUAAGAGGCCAGCAAUAUAUUUAGAUCUUUACUCAUAUUCAUGCCCUUAUCCCUGAAAAUCCCAAGUGGCCACUGUUCUGGUUCUUUUGUAUAGCCAUAAUUCAUUUUCUUUCAAAGAAGAGGAGCUAAAAUCAUUGAAGGAUGAGCCUAUGGUCUUCAUUAAUGAGGUUCAAAACUGCAUAGGCUCUAAUGUUUUAUGUUGGAUCUUGGAAGCAAAUUGCCAAUGUCCUGUCCAUGUGAGCUUCCAUCCUUUAGUGAACAUGGAUUUAAGUCUCAGCAAGAUCUGCAGUAAUGUGGUUUGGCUAUAUCUGUUACCAGUGUCUUGAGAUUUUCAAACUUCCCAAAUACCAUAGCUGAAACUGACUUGGGGGAAGUGGGGUGGGUGGGAUGUCUAACUAGUUUCUAUGUCAUUCCCCCGUAACAAUGCCACAUUCUGGAAAA